AUGGUAGCUCAAUCUGAUAUUGAGGCCAACCAUUAUACGUUGAAGUCAUGUGUGGAGACCAUGACUGCGGUCACUAACUUGUCUCACCGGCUUCAUAAUAGGACAAGUGAGGUACAUCAAUUAAAUGCCCAACUCUCUCUGCUGCAGCGCAUGUACAAGGAUACGCGAGCAGAGAUUUGCGCGCUGAAGGCGGAAAACAAAGAGCUGAAUCAGAAGGCUACCAUCAUGUUCCGAUUCGGAGGUGACACCGCUACCAGCUCCACCGUUGGUGGUGGUGGUGCUGUUGUUGUUGCCGCCGUUGUAGUGGCGGUGCUUGUGGCCGCCGAGGGUAUAUCCGAGAGGCUUCUCUAUGUUGGCAAGACUGCUGGGUACCAUAACCGAACCCAGGAGGAGAUGCAUGAGUUGCUUUUGAGUUUUGCGGAAGCUGGGGCUACUGUUGUAAGACUUAAAGGAGGAGAUCCUUUGGUGUUUGGGAGGGGUAGGGAGGAGAUGGAGUUCCUGCAGCAACAAGGGAUUCAAGUCCAAGUCUUUCCAGGUAAUACUGUUGCUUCAGGAAUAGCAGCAAAGCUGGGCAUUCCAUUAACUCACCGGGGUGUUGCAAAUAGUGUUAGAUUUGUGGGGUUUGUGCAAGCUGCAAAGAGACUGAAGACGGUGUUAAGAUAG